AUGUCCGCGGACUCCAAGCCAAAGAAAAGCCUUGUGCUCAAUGCCUUCGUGGAGAUGUGCAGCGGGCACCAAUCGCCCGGCCUAUGGCGACACCCAGAAGAUCAGUCGUGGCGAUUCAACGAGGUGUCACACUGGGUCGAGCUCGCAAAGCUACUAGAAGACGCCAAGUUCCACGGUAUCUUCAUUGCUGAUGUUCUCGGUGGAUAUGAUGUCUAUCAAGGGUCACUCGAAGCUGCUAUCAUAUCGGGUGCUCAAUGGCCGGUUAAUGAACCACUGUCAGUCGUCUCUGCCAUGGCUGCCGCCACGAAGAGCAUUGGCUUCGGAGUUACGGUGUCUACGACCUACGAGCAGCCAUACCAUCUGGCCAGGCGGCUGUCUACUGCUGAUCACCUCAGUGGAGGGCGGCUAGGAUGGAACGUCGUGACUAGCUAUCUCGACUCUGCUGCUAGGAACAUGGGACGAGCCGAACAACCACAGCAUGAUGACCGCUACGCACAAGCUGAAGAGUACAUGCGAGUGGUGUACAAGCUCUUAGAAUCCUCCUGGCGUGACGACGCAGUCCAGCUUGACCGAGAGAAGGGCAUCUACACGGCCCCCGAACUCGUCCGCAACAUCAAACACAACGGCAAGUUCUUCACGGUCCCCGGACCGCAUAUCUGCCAACCGAGCCCCCAGAGAACACCCGUGAUACUGCAAGCGGGCACUUCGAAGGCUGGAAAGCAGUUCGCCGCCCAGCACGCCGAAGGAAUCUUCGUUUCGUCACACGCGCCAGAAGUAUGCGCCAGGAAUAUCGCUGAGAUCCGGAGUACGGCGGAGAAGCAGUAUGGUCGGGACCCGACCGAUAUCAAGGUAUUGGCGCUUGUGACUCCGAUCCUGGGCGAGACGGAGCAGGAAGCACAGGAGAAGCUGGCGGAGUACAGGAAGUAUGCUUCGCAUGAUGGGGCACUGGCUCUGUUUGGAGGCUGGACUGGGAUCGACCUGAGUAAAUAUGGGGAUGAAGAGGAGCUGAGACAUGUUGAGAGUAACGCUGUCAAAUCAACAGUGGAGGCCUAUGCGAGAUUCUCCCCGGGAACCAGCAAGUGGACCAAGCAUAUAAUCGCCGAGCACGUCAGCAUCGGCGGCAACGGCCCCGUCCUCGUCGGCACAGCUUCGCAAGUCGCGGACGGGCUCGAGACUUGGGUCCGUGAGGCCGACGUGGAUGGAUUCAAUCUGGCAUACGCCCUAUUCCCACAGUCAUUCAAAGAUAUCAUCAAACUCCUCCUGCCAGAGCUGCGGCAGAGGGGUCUCUUCUGGGAUGACUAUGAGGUGCCUGCAGGCACGUAUAGGGAGAACUUCUAUCGCAGAGCAGGCCAGACUGGGCCUCCGGCGGAACAUGUGGCUGCUUCGUUCAGAUGGAAGAAAGGUGUCUCCUCCGAUGAGCAUCCGAUCCCGGAGUGA